AUGUCUGCGUUCGAUCUCAAGCGUGCCCUUCCUCUGGAAGGACCUCCGAAUUUCUCGGAUGGGCUUGUCAGAGCCAUCGAUUCCAGACAUGGCUUUCUUGUGACUUCUCCCAACGCGGAUUUUGUCCCCAAAAUCGUGCGAGGCAUCGUAGACGUCGUUCUCCGCUCCAACGGGAAGUAUGGCCCAGUCGACCCCAUACACUGGCCACAGAUUUUCACGCCACGGUUCGGUUACCUAUCCGCCGUCUUGAAACCUAUCGCACCCCCACAUCACUUGGCGCCGAUGUUCACCCCCCCCUCCCAGACGGAUUUCGUUCCCCUCACAGGCACCCCGGUUGCUGGGUUUGGGCAUAUCACCCCGUCAUUCAUUGCCCCCUUGCGCACGUUGGUCGGGGAGAUGUCUCAGCGUAUUGUGGACUUUGUUCGCAAGUGCGGUGGGGAGGAAUGUGCCGAUUUGCAUUGGCACGGAGUCACCAUGCGCAAUGCGUUGUCACGUCUGCGUCUCAUGCCUGCCUCGUUCCCAGACCAGCUUCUACAAGUCACCGAGCUCCAGCGGCAUUGGCUUAUGGCCUCAGCGUAUCUGGAGUACCAAUGGAGAUUGCGAUCUGUUUCGUCCGCAGACGAAAUGAUAUGCGCACAUCUGCCUUUGAUGGGCGCUUGGUCGUCCGAGCCUCAGCAUGUCCAGCUUUUAUACGGGGCAGGGAUCCCAGUCUGGUAUGUGCGCACUUCCCAUAUACUCCACCGCAAAAUCUCCAUUGUGAGGUCCACCACUCCCGUCGCCCCUAGCACCUUACAACUCGCGCGUUUCCCGGGCACCGAUGGGUGUCUAUUCCAUGGCCUGGUCGGGGAGGCCCACCUCCACUCCAUGAUGCAAGGUGGGCAUGGGUACCUCGACAUCUCCCAUGUUCCCACAGCUUCCAUAUACUCGGGCAAAGACUAUGGUCCAGGGAUCACUAUACGCGAGGCCAAAGCCAUCGGGCGCGCAGGGGGGUCCGCAUCCGGCUCACGCACUGCCCGGAGCUCGCAAUCGCAUGGACAACACACUCUUUCCGAACGGAGCCUUCGCUCAAAACCCUACGACCGUAGAAGGGUUCCUGGACCCCACUCAUCUCAGGUCCGUGGACAUGACAAGUUUGUGGAGUUCCCUCACAAGUGGAUGCCGCCUGCCAUCCCCAGCUGGUCUGAGGCCAUGUUAUUGGUCGACCGUUCUAUGCCAGCCCAACCCGCGGAUCACCUUUGGGGGUAUUGGAUUCUAGAACCCGCUCUGAUUUUGGGGCCCAAGGACGAGGCGCGCCAGAUCCGAUAUCUGACCAAUUGGGUCCGUGCGCGACCUAUUUGGUUGUACCUGCUGCGUGUCCCGGGAUCUCGCCCCACUGGGGUCGGUGCCCAAUACUGGUGGUCCUUCCUCAACGGUGUCCCGGAGGACUCCCGCUUGAUCACUCGUACUGGAAAGCGCAUGGUCGAGAUCAAAAACCUUUUUAGGAGCGUGUUCCAAGACCACCAGUUCGAUCUGGGAACACGCGCACCGGUGGACUGGCAUGGACAUCAUUUCGAGCACGUUCUAGAGGCUCUCGUGCCCGCAGUGAUCUGGGAGAUCUUCGAGUUGGGCUUCCAUUAUGAGCUUUUGGCUUUGGACAGAUUCCUGAGACCAUCAAUCUCCCGAUCUCGUGCCGAGGAAGCGGUUCGAGAAGAUCUACUCGCUACGGUGUUUCCGGGGGGUUGGUUGCGCGCGGUGGAUGCGCUACCUUCCAGCAACUCUUCGGGCCUUUUCGCCACCCAUCUGCACCGCAGAGUGACCGCCCUGAACGCGUUGCGGCUGGUCCUCAUGCAGUGGCCUGGGUGUCCAUCUGCCAUUGUUUCCGCCUCCCCUCUCCAAGGCAAUGAUAGGGACGAAGUCAUUGUGGAUUUGGAGCGCCAUCUCGCCAGUUUCUACGUCGAUACGUUCUUCACGUGUGCCGGUCGUGCACCUAUCGUGCCUCACCUGUAUCCCCUUUGA